AUGAGCAUGGGAUUUGGGGGGAUCGACUUCAACGAUCCCCGUUCUUUCCAACACCUGCUGGGAAGUCACCUGCCCAUCCCCGAAGCUAUCUCUCCAGCUGAAGUCAGGCGGCAGGCGAGGAAUCGACGCGACAAUGUCCUUUCCUCCUACAAGAAGCUCAAUGACAUCCUUUCGCGUCACGAGGCUACCAUCCAGAAACGAUGGGCCAAGAAGAGUAAAACUGCCAGGACCAAGCUUCUUCUCGAUUGCUGGCCUGGCAUGGCCAAGUCGCACCGUCCCGACUAUGCGGCUUAUCGCGAGGAACGCCCGCAACCCGGCCGUGGUACGACCACCAAGUACCGCGACUCCUAUCUGUGGCCCAACAUCAACCAGGAGGAUCUCUCGGGUCCCCGUGCUUUCCUGGUUCUCCUCAAUGCUCGUGGACGGAACCACCCAUCCAAGUUCGCCUGCGCCGACGGCGAGUCCUUCCACCUUGGCAUCGUGUCCACCGUCAUCGUCCCGCUCUUCCUCAACGAAUACACUAUGAUGCUGAACGAUGUUGAGGAUGAGAGAUAUGGACAGCUGCUUAGCUGGGAUGAUCACCCUGACGCUUUCAACUGGAUGCACGAGCUGCAGCAGUUCAACCCGGGGGAAGGGCUCCUGGUCCUCGAAAUCCAAGAGCGCGUGCUCGGUUUUCUCGUCAAGUGCUGCAAAGCCCUCUUCCAUGACAUUCCUCCCGAUAAGUUCCUGUCGGAAGAGUAUCCGCCCCAACCAAUGCCUGAGCUGAAGCCGCCUGCCGAGACGGAUGUUGCCGACUCUCGAGCCCUCAUGCGGGAGGAGGAGGCGUACCGACUGCCUGCACGUCUCAACAUGAGCCGUAUCACGACCGUCCUUCAGGCUCAAGCCGACGCUGCCGCCGAUCACUUCUGGCUUCUACGUGAAGACCCUGGAUACUUUGCGGACGAGCUCCUCGAUGCGAAAGACCAUCGACAAGAGAUGAUGAAGGACACUCGCGGAGAAGCUCAUCCUAUCUUGUCCCCGCAGCGUCAAGAUACCUUCUGGAGCCGCGUCAUAUCCGCUUCCUUGACUCAGGACUACGCCAGCCUUGAGUUCUCAGCUGAGCUGGCACACCAAGCAGGUGUGGUGAAGGCUCUGAUGGACAAGCGCACCCCGACGAGCUCUCGCGACGAACUGCCAAACGAUCUGCUUGUCGCCUUCCUUACGUUCCGCCACCAUCUCACGGAGUGUGCCAAAUGGAUACGCGGUGUGCUAAAGUCCGAGUUCCCGGGCUCUCCGCCAAUGCGUGGGCUUUACGAGCGUUUACCGCCGCCCGAUCCCCAUACACCUAUGAUCCGCCUUCAAAGCAAGCCCCACGCCAUGAGCGACGACGAGAAGUACUUCAACUACCUCAUGAUGCUGCUCUGGGACGAUCAGCAGAUCUUCCUUUUUCGUCUCCCAUUGCUCAUGGAUGAGAUCGACCGUCAUCUUCCGGCAGUGCGCAGCAUCAUCUCGCCCCGCGUCGCCAAACUCAUUGGGAGCUUGUCCAUCGUUGCGCAAUGUUUGAGAGAGAUCGAGCAGUUCCACCCUUGGGCGCGGUCCUUUGAGAUGAAGUUGCCCGAGCACGACAAGGCUAUCGAGAAGAGCUAUGCCAAAUGGGUUUCGCCUCUGCAGCAGAUUCUGAAGGCCAUUGCCGCCAACUCGCUCAAACUCGUCAGCUUGGUAUCGAAUCCGAAGGAGCGCUUCGAGUAUCCUUCCGAUAAGCGCGAGACCAAGGACGUCGUCGACACCAAGCGGGCUUCUGAGCAGAAAUUGGACAGAUUCUGGUCCAUCACGGACACGCACAUCUCAAAGAGCUGUGGAAACCUCGACAACACCGCCUUUGCCUCGCUGUUUACUCGAGAGCUCCGUCGUACUGGCUACUGGGUCGAGCCGCCGGCCAAGGCGAAGGCUCCCAUUAGUGUUGAGGUCUUGCACAAGCCUCUAUCUGAGUUGACACUGGUCAGUGACCGAUCGACUGAGCCUUACCGUUCCGAAGAACGUAGGGUGAAGGUCAAGACGCGCGGCGUCCCCCAGCUGCCAGACUCGGGUAGCACCGCGGGAAAGCCCGACAACGAGGAUUCGGAAGCGACGCAGAUUGGAGUCGACGCACGCGCGCUUAAGACGUUCCGCAAUCUCUUCUUCAACCCCAACGUGUCUGCCACGCCGGGCGAGAUUCCUUGGAAGGAGUUCCGGCACGCGAUGAACGCAGCUGGCUUUGAACCGCAGAAGCUCUACGGCUCGGCAUGGCAGUUCCAAAGUCCCGCCUCAACGCUUGUCUUCCACGAGCCGCACCCGAACCCGAAGAUUCCUAUUCGGCAGGCUCGUCGGAUGGGGCGCCGUCUCUCGAGGGCUUUUGGAUGGGACAUCGACACCUUUGUGCUUCAGGACAAGUCCAACGGAGCUUGA